AUGAUGACGUAGUUCCGUUUGUCAAGAAAGGUUUCGCGGCAAAAUGAAAUGUUGAUGUAACAGCAAGGAAACGAGCUUCUGGUGUUAUUGUAUACUUUCGGAAUAGUUUAUUUAAGCCAGUAGCAAUGCACUUCGCGUAUCUAGUAAAUAACAUCUGCUAUAUGACGUUGGAAUAUAUUGAAAGCUAACUACCAAGCUAUCGUUAAGCUGUCAAAAUAGCCGGACAGGCUACAGGCUAUCACAACGUCGGACUUCGCCAUCUCAAGGCAGUUGCUCAUCGUUCUCUUUCGACUGGACUGGAUACUUAUAGUUUUUACAGAUAUACAUUUGUUUAUCGCAUAGUUAGCAAUGGCAACUGUCAGUACAGAAAGUAUAAAAUCGGAGCUCGAUAUGUUCGACUGUACUUGGGAGGAUGACUCGGUUUUGGACAAGUUGUUGGAGCAAUGCAUAUGUCACAGGUUGCAAGGGGAAGAUAUUGUGGCUGAGUGGGUGGCGUUUGGCGCCACCAAAGGACUAUUGAAGCUCACUCUGGACGCCUUAGACCAAUUUGAGCAUGAGGUUCUUAACAGGAGAAACAAGUCCAAACAGUUCUCGAAGAGAGAGGAUUUUCUCAAAGGAACAAAGGAUAUCAACUCACUGCAAGACCUAAUCAAAGCUGAGGAAGAUGAGGAGAAUCUUCUAGACUCCUACUCCACCCCUGCCAAGGGUUCUCAGAAGCGCGCUCUCACCACUCCUGAGCAUCCAAAGUCUAAGAGGAGCGCUUCUCUGAUAACCAGCCCCGGUCUUCUGUUGUCUCCCGCAAGCUUCUCCCCCAGUGCAACACCCUCUCAGAAGUACAGCCAGCGUGGGGCCAGAGGGGAGGUGGUGGUCAACUUCGGGGCCGUCCAGGGGACCUCCUGGACGGGUCGAAAGGGCCAAACAAGAGGGGUACGUCUGGAGCUCCUGGAGGGAGAGGAGGAGACCCUGCUUGCCAGCUACAAGUACAUGUUCCAGAGGCUCCGGGAUGUCCGCAAUGUGUUGACGGAAAAGAUUGAGGAGCUGGGAGAGGAGCUAAGGACUCAUUUCAGCAUCGAGGAGUUCUCCCCCGCCUCCCUACCUGCUCAGGACAAAGUCACUGUGCUGGGACAGGUGUGCUGUGACAGCAACGGGAAACUCAACGCCCAUUCGGUGCUCUUAGAAGCGGGGCCUGACCAAGGGGGACAGCAGGUGCCAGUGGACCUAUCAGAGCUCAGAGAGUACUCUCUUUUCCCAGGCCAGGUGGUGGUUAUGGAGGGGAUGAACACGUCCGGGAGGAAGCUGGUGGCAUCUAAACUGUACGAGGGUGUCCCCCUUCCAUUCUACACCAAUGAGAUCAAGCAAGAAAUGGAUGAAGUCCCAGAGCAGGUGAUGGUGAUGUUGGCCUGCGGUCCCUACACCCCCUCUGACAGCCUCACCUUUGACCCUCUGCUGGAUCUCAUCAACAUCAUCGUUAGGGACCGCCCUGACGUCUGCCUCCUGCUGGGCCCCUUUGUGGAUGCCAAGCAUGAGCAGAUUGAGAAGGCCCAGGUGACCGAGACAUUUGAAGCCAUUUUCUCCAGGUGUGUGCAGAGCAUAUUGGAAGGCACUAGAAGUGUCGGGUGCCGGUUGGUGUUCGUGCCCUCCCAGAGAGACGUCCACCAUCACUUCAUCUACCCACAACCCCCGUUCAGCCUGCCUGACCUCAAGAAGGAGGAUGCGGAGCGUGUGACCCUGGUGCCUGACCCCUGCACUCUGCUCAUCGAGGGCGUGACCCUUGGCCUGACGUCCACGGACAUCGUGUUUCACAUGGGCGCCGAGGAGAUCAGCUGUGCUGCGGGCUCAGACCGCUUCUCCCGUAUCCUCAAACACAUGAUCUGUCAGAGAAGCUACUACCCCCUGUAUCCCCCAGUGGAGGAGGUGAACCUGGACUAUGAGAAGUUCCGGUUCUACGGCCAGAUGCCCGUCUGUCCCGAUGUGCUCAUAGUUCCCUCUGAGCUUCGCUACUUCAUCAAGGAUGUGAUGGGUUGUGUCUGUGUCAACCCCGGCCGUCUCACCAAGGGCCAGGUAGGCGGGACUUACGGAAGACUGCUCAUCCAACGUAGCACUCCAUUGGCUGACGGGAAGCGAGAGAGCCCGUGUUUGGCCAGUCAGGUGGUGAAGAUCUGAUGGGAACUGACAUGCUACUGUACCUAAAUUGUGUACGCUCAUCCAUUUUGUUCUUACUUGUGCAGUCUUUUCAUAUGUGGUGAAGAUUAUCUGAUACUUUACAAUUAACUUUAAAGUCAUUCUUUCUCGCCCUGCUUAUUGUUGUACAUUUUUCUUCAGUCCUUUCCAAAAAAUUAUA